CGCUCGGCCCCGCCUUGCCCGGUGGCGCCCGGCUCCUGUAGCGGCAGCUCUGCGGCGCUAGGGCACGGCGGCCGCACCGGUGUUGCCCGGUUCGUGCAGGAGGAAGGAGGCGGGCGGGCCCCGGCGAGAAUCGGUGGCGGCAGCGCCCGCAAGAAGGGCGAAUCGCUGGUUCCUGGCGACUGUAGAUGCCAUUUGGUGAACAGAAUGCGCCAUGGGACAACCUGAAAGAUUUCUCUCCAGACGGGGUCUCUUACUUGGGUGAUGUGUCUGAUCUCCUGACUGUCUUCAUACCCAAAGGAUUUAUUUUCCUUUUGGAAAUAUUUUAAGUUGAAAUCUUGUUCCUACUGGAAACUGUCGACCCUAAAGACUGCAAGCAUCAUGGGUGAUAUGGCAAACAACUCGGUUGCCUAUAGUGGUGUAAAAAAUGCUGUGAAAGAAGCUAAUCAUGGAGAUUUUGGAGUUACUCUUGCAGAGCUUCGCUCGCUUAUGGAACUUCGAGCUGCAGAUGCAAUGCAUAAAAUACAGGAAUGUUAUGGAGAUGUAUAUGGCAUAUGUACAAAAUUGAAAACUUCACCAAAUGAAGGUUUAAGUGGAAAUCCAGCAGAUAUAGAAAGGAGAGAAGCAGUUUUUGGGAAGAACUUUAUACCUCCUAAAAAGCCAAAAACAUUUCUUCAGUUAGUAUGGGAAGCACUACAAGAUGUUACACUAAUUAUAUUAGAAAUUGCCGCCGUAGUAUCCUUGGGCCUUUCUUUUUACCAGCCUCCAGGAGGAAAUGAAUCAUUAUGUGGAUCAGUAAGUGUUGGUGAAGAAGAGGAGGAAUCUGAAGCAGGUUGGAUUGAAGGAGCAGCAAUCCUCCUAUCUGUAGUUUGUGUGGUAUUAGUAACAGCUUUCAAUGACUGGAGUAAAGAGAAACAAUUUCGGGGAUUGCAGAGCCGUAUUGAACAAGAACAGAAAUUCACAGUCAUCAGAGGUGGCCAAGUCAUCCAAAUACCAGUAGCUGACAUAAUUGUUGGAGAUAUUGCACAAGUGAAAUAUGGUGAUCUUUUACCGGCUGAUGGUGUACUCAUUCAAGGAAAUGACCUCAAAAUUGAUGAAAGCUCACUGACUGGAGAAUCUGAUCAUGUUAAGAAAUCUUUGGACAGAGAUCCUAUGAUGCUGUCAGGUACACAUGUGAUGGAAGGCUCUGGAAGAAUGGUAGUUACUGCUGUAGGUGUGAAUUCUCAGACUGGAAUCAUCUUUACCUUACUUGGAGCUGGAGGAGAUGAAGAGGAAAAAGAAAAAGAGAAGAAGGACAAGAAAAGUAAAAAGCAAGAUGGAGCUCUUGAAAACCGUAACAAAGCUAAAGCUCAGGAUGGUGCAGCCAUGGAAAUGCAACCACUGAAGAGUGAGGAUGGUGGGGAUGGAGAUGAGAAAGACAAGAAGAGGUCAAAUUUGCCAAAGAAAGAAAAGUCUGUUCUCCAAGGCAAACUUACAAAGCUCGCAGUUCAGAUUGGCAAAGCAGGUUUAUUGAUGUCUGCGAUCACAGUCAUUAUCCUUGUGUUAUAUUUUGUAAUUGACACCUUCUGGGUUCAGAAGAGACCUUGGCUUGCUGAAUGUACACCAAUUUAUAUUCAGUAUUUUGUGAAGUUCUUCAUUAUUGGAGUUACAGUUUUGGUGGUGGCAGUACCAGAAGGUCUUCCACUUGCAGUCACUAUAUCUCUGGCUUACUCUGUUAAGAAAAUGAUGAGAGAUAAUAACUUGGUGAGACACCUGGAUGCAUGUGAAACAAUGGGCAAUGCAACAGCUAUUUGCUCAGAUAAAACGGGAACAUUGACCAUGAACAGAAUGACAGUGGUCCAAGCUUACAUCAAUGAAAAACAUUAUAAAAAAAUUCCAGAACCAGAAGCUAUUCCAGAGAAAAUUAUGGCUUACCUUGUGACAGGAAUUUCUGUUAAUUGUGCUUAUACUUCCAAAAUACUGCCUCCUGAAAAAGAAGGUGGCCUGCCACGGCAUGUUGGAAAUAAAACUGAAUGUGCCUUGUUGGGAUUGCUCUUGGAUUUAAAACGUGACUAUCAGGAUGUACGAAAUGAGAUUCCAGAAGAGAACUUGUACAAAGUGUACACCUUCAACUCUGUUAGAAAAUCUAUGAGUACUGUGUUAAAAAAUUCUGAUGGCAGUUUCCGGAUAUUCAGUAAAGGUGCCUCUGAGAUAGUUCUUAAAAAGUGCUUCAAAAUACUGAGUGCUAAUGGAGAACCAAAGGUAUUUAGACCCAGGGACCGUGAUGAUAUUGUGAAAACAGUAAUUGAGCCAAUGGCUUCUGAAGGGCUCAGAACCAUCUGCCUGGCAUUCAGAGACUUCCCAGCAGGAGAGCCUGAGCCUGAAUGGGACAAUGAAAAUGAUAUUGUUACUGGUCUGACGUGCAUUGCUGUUGUUGGGAUUGAAGAUCCUGUGAGGCCUGAGGUACCUGAUGCAAUAAAAAAGUGUCAACGUGCAGGCAUAACUGUUCGUAUGGUCACUGGUGAUAACAUUAACACUGCUCGUGCUAUUGCGUUAAAAUGUGGUAUUCUGAAUCCUGGUGAAGACUUCCUGUGUUUAGAGGGCAAAGACUUUAACAGGAGAAUACGCAAUGAAAAAGGAGAGAUAGAGCAAGAGCGAAUAGAUAAAAUUUGGCCAAAGCUUCGUGUUCUUGCAAGAUCUUCUCCCACUGACAAACACACUCUAGUAAAAGGUAUAAUUGACAGCACUGUCUUUGAUCAGAGGCAAGUUGUAGCAGUAACUGGUGAUGGUACCAAUGAUGGUCCAGCUCUGAAGAAGGCAGAUGUUGGAUUUGCUAUGGGUAUUGCUGGAACAGAUGUAGCUAAAGAAGCUUCUGAUAUCAUCCUUACAGACGACAACUUCACAAGUAUUGUUAAAGCAGUUAUGUGGGGACGAAAUGUGUAUGACAGCAUCUCCAAAUUUCUUCAGUUCCAGCUCACUGUCAAUGUGGUAGCAGUAAUUGUUGCUUUUACAGGAGCAUGCAUAACACAAGAUUCUCCACUUAAAGCUGUGCAGAUGCUGUGGGUAAAUCUCAUAAUGGACACAUUAGCUUCUCUUGCCCUAGCAACAGAACCACCUACUGAAGCUCUUCUUUUACGGAAGCCUUAUGGUAGAAACAAACCUUUGAUUUCUCGUACAAUGAUGAAGAACAUCUUGGGUCAUGCAUUCUACCAACUCGUAGUGGUCUUCACACUCCUGUUUGCUGGUGAGAAAAUUUUUGAUAUCGAUAGCGGAAGGAACGCACCUCUGCACGCUCCCCCAUCAGAGCAUUACACUAUUGUGUUUAACACCUUUGUGAUGAUGCAGCUCUUUAAUGAAAUCAAUGCCCGAAAAAUUCAUGGUGAAAGAAAUGUUUUUGAAGGAAUCUUUAACAACGCUAUCUUCUGUACUAUUGUUCUGGGGACAUUUGUUGUGCAGAUAAUUAUUGUGCAGUUUGGUGGGAAGCCUUUCAGUUGCUCAGAACUCUCAGUUGAACAGUGGCUGUGGUCUAUUUUCCUGGGAAUGGGAACACUACUCUGGGGCCAGUUGAUUUCAACAAUUCCAACGAGCCGUCUGAAAUUCCUUAAAGAAGCUGGGCAUGGAACACAAAAGGAAGAGAUUCCAGAAGAAGAAUUAGCAGAAGAUGUAGAGGAGAUCGAUCAUGCUGAGAGGGAAUUACGUCGUGGUCAGAUCUUGUGGUUUAGGGGCCUAAACAGGAUACAAACUCAGAUGGAUGUAGUGAAUGCUUUCCAGAGUGGAAGUACCAUUCAGGGGGCUCUAAGGCGGCAACCCUCCAUCGCCAGCCAGCACCAUGAUAUCCGAGUGGUGAAUGCAUUUCGUAGCUCCUUGUACGAGGGGCUGGAGAAACCUGAGACACGAAGCUCAAUCCACAAUUUUAUGACGCAUCCUGAGUUUAGAAUAGAAGACUCCGAGCCUCAUAUUCCCCUUAUUGAUGAUACUGAUGCUGAAGAUGAUGCUCCAACAAAACGCAACUCUACUCCCCCACCCUCUCCCAAUAAAAAUAACAAUGCGGUUGACAGUGGAAUUCACCUUACAACAGACAUGAACAAGUCUGCUACCUCUUCAUCCCCAGGGAGCCCGCUACAUAGUUUGGAAACAUCACUCUGAUUGUAAGCUGAAUGUUAACACACUAGCUGCAUUGUAAAGAAAUUGAAGCUGGGUCUCUUCACACAUUAUGAUGGACAAGAUGAUAUUCUUGUCUUGGACUUCAACAGAAGACACACUUGUACGAAUGUAGAUUUAUUUUUUUAAAAAAAGCUUUCUGCCAGACUGGAGGGUGCUUUUCUGGGGGUGGGAGUAAUAAUGAACUCUGACUGAAAACCAGUAACUCAGCAUAAGUGACCUGUGGAUCAUCUGUUGUGCUUAAGAAUGGUCCUGAACAGUGUGUUAGCAGAGCUUUAGUUUAUCAUGGUCCUUUUCUGAGGGGAAGGCUUGGAAGGGCAAGGAGGCCCUGGAUCAUUGAAUUGAUACUUUAAUUUCUGCUGUUGGCUGUUAAUAAUUUGGAUUAUUUAUGUUUAUAAAUGAUACAGAUCUGUUUACAAGGUUUGUAGAUACUUUUUUGUUCCUGUUCAUAGAUGGGAAGCUUCCUUAUAAAUGAUGCAGAGAAAAAAAAAACAAAGACACAAAAAAACUAGUCCUUCAAAUACUGCUGUAUUUUCAGGAAAAGGGUGUUUCUAUUGAAACUGUACUAAAUUUUGCCUGCAAUUUACCUUGUUAAAUAUUGUAGAUAAAUUGCUAAUACUAAUAGCCAAAUAGAUAACACUAAUGCUUUGUAAAAACAUGAGCAGUGGUGUUCUAAUGAAGUUAUGGCCUCUGUCCUAAUUAGUUUCUUAAAUACAUUUACUACUUAAUGGUUUUGAAACAACUGUUUAAUUUUUAAAAAUUUUGAGAAACUUACUGAAUAACUUUUGUUCAGAACUUAGUAGGAUUGUUUAAUGCAGGACAUCAAUAUGUGAUGGAACUUGCUUGAAAUAUUUAUGUUAUCUCGGGCAAAAUGGAUUAAAUCAAAAUACAUCAGAAUCUUAGUCCUUUGUUUUUGUCUAAACAUGUUAGCUUAGUGCUGUCUUGGUGAACUGUGAGUGGAACUGUGAUUUUUUUUCUAAUCUAUAGAAUCCAUGCAGCAUGAGGGCUGUUGGCAUUUUGAAAGGUUGUUAGUGGGUAGCAUACAUGUUCUUUUUGUUUUUGAAACUUGUUUGUAAACAUGAAUAAAUCUGCCCUUUUGUUAAAAUAAAAUUGCAGCAAUUGUUUCUUACAGA